GGUUGCGCCACAAGGCAUGCAAGAAUCUUGCUACCGCCAGAUUAUCUAACUUUAGUUUAUUGUUGCAGCGUUCAUUAUAUCCACAGCCUCCCUGUCUGCACAAUAUAUUGCUUAUUUUUGUCAGUCCGAAGGUGCGUCGGAAAUAAAAGAAGUGCACACACGACUCUAAAGCCUCCAGCGAACUGACUAACGUUAGCUUCCUCACCACAGACUUCCACUAGACAUCGGUGUUAGCACGCCAGCUAAACGCAUCUAGGUACCGACGCGACACGCUGAAACGCAAAAGAAAUGAACCAUAAAAUUAAAAAACGCAUCAAAGAAGCAAAGCGGAGCGCCAGACCCGAGCUGAAAGAUUCGAGCGACUGGAUUAAACACGAUUACUGCGAGAAUUUCGAUCUGUCACACAGGACUGUGAAGGAUAAUGUCGAGCGAGUGGACGCCCAGCAUCUCAGCCCAGAGGAGUUCAUUCAGCGAUUCGAAAAGCCAUAUAAGCCCGUUGUUCUGCUCAACUGUCAGGAGUCAUGGCCUGCACGUGAAAAAUGGACGCUGGAGCGACUCAAACGCAAAUACCGCAAUCAGAAGUUCAAAUGUGGCGAGGACAACGACGGCUACUCUGUCAAAAUGAAAAUGAAGUACUAUGUAGAAUAUUUAGAGUCCACGCGUGACGACAGCCCCCUUUACAUCUUUGAUAGCAGUUACGGCGAGCACGCCAAACGACGCAAACUUCUGGAGGACUAUCAGGUGCCUGUUUUCUUUAGGGAUGACCUCUUUCAGUUUGCGGGGGAGAAACGGCGCCCUCCGUACAGGUGGUUUGUGAUGGGUCCUGCCAGAUCUGGAACAGGCAUUCACAUCGACCCGCUCGGCACGAGCGCGUGGAACGCCCUGGUGCAAGGUCACAAACGCUGGUGCCUGUUCCCAACCCACACACCCCGUGAGCUCAUCAAGGUGACACGAGAGGAUGGGGGUAACCAACAGGAUGAAGCCAUAACUUGGUUCAAUGUGAUCUAUCCACGCACACAGCAGCCCACCUGGCCAGCCGAGUUCAGACCGCUGGAGAUCCUGCAGCAUCCCGGAGACACAGUGUUUGUACCAGGUGGAUGGUGGCAUGUCGUUCUUAAUCUGGACACCACCAUUGCUGUGACCCAGAAUUUCGCAAGCACCACUAACUUUCCCAUCGUGUGGCACAAGACGGUUCGUGGACGCCCCAAACUCUCCCGAAAGUGGUACAGGAUUCUGAAACAGGAGAGGCCUGACAUGGCCGCUCUGGCAGAUAAAGUAGAUCUGCAGGAGUCAACAGGCAUCGCAUCUGACAGCUCCAGUGACUCCUCCUCCUCAUCUUCCUCCAGCUCAUCUGACUCCGAUUCAGAGGCUGCAGACUCUGGCUCGGAGGGUGACGUCAUGACCCACCGCAGAAAAAAGAGGAGAACAUGCAGCGUGAUGGGAAACGGUGACAUCACGAGCCAGGACGACUGCGUGAGCAAAGAGCGCAGUUCUUCUCGGUGACGUCAUGCUCCCUCCGUCAUCUCCUGGGACAAGAAACACCUCUCGCUCUUUAAGGAGACUCCUGUCCAUUACAUAAGAGGUUGCUGCUAAUGUCUGGGUACACAAUUACACGCUCAGCUCCCAGUUAUCUGUCCUAGUGCGCUUUUAGAGAUGAAGAACAAGAAAAUAACCAAAUAUGUGCUUGUUGCAUGGAUGAACGGACCGCCGUGUGGGAAAGUGAGAGAAACUCUUCUCGUGUUGCCUUUGCUGAUGUCAGGCUCGGGACGAUCUUGACGUCUCCUUCUGUCCUCGUGCCAUGAUCAUUAAUCCAUGUUUGAAUUUUUUCAGGGGGGUUUGCUAAGAUUCUUGUCUUUCUGUUGAGAUGUAUUCUUGACGCCUCUGGUGUGAAUCGUUGCCUUGAGCUCUUUGAAUCUAGAAAACAGAUUUUAUUUUAUUACUGAUUCUUGAGCUGUGCUUAAACAGGUCUUAUUGUUAGCGGGAAAGUUAGUACUUAAAACUGUUAAACGGCGUAUUUUUCUGCUCCCUUUUUUUCCCCCACAUGGUUAUCACUAGUCAACCAAUUUCAAAGUCGAAUGUCCUAUCUACCUAAAAGGCAUCUUCUGUUGAAUCUACUGUGAAUGCUCAGUGUUUAUAAAUUUUGAGGAAAUAUCACUGGACUAAUAAACACUACACAAAGUCCAUUAGUAAUGAAAUUGAAUGUGAACAAAUGGAUGCAGUAUUAGUAAAGCACUUCAUGCUCCUCCUAUUGUGCCCCUUUUUGAAGUUAAACACUAGGGGGAGUAAUGCUUAUGUGCACGCUGAGCCAAUAAUAUAAAGGAUAAUGGUUAAAAACCUUAAGUCAUAAAAGCGUUCAUUUUGACAUAAUGAAUACGCUGCAUAAUGGUAACCUGAUGGUUAAGCUCUACAUUAAUCAUUUUGUGGUGGAUGUGAAAAAUGUUUUAAAGGUAAUGUUUGUGACAGUGCUUAACUUUUGUAUGCUGAUCCCCUGUAUAAACACAAGAUGAUGUCUUUAAAGUGCCUAUUUUUACCUGAAGUUUCCGUUUAUCAUAUCUCUGUUUCUGUCACUGUUUGUUAUUACCAUCCUGAAUAUUAAUUAAUUAAGUUUAAGGAAAUGGGUGUAAAUGAGAGUUUAACAGUGUUGUAGAUCAGAUGAUAAUCAGACGUUGAGUGUGUUUCUAUGGGCUGGUUUUAUUUGUGUUCGUCAUGUUUUGCAUUGGCUUUGUUGACACCUCUGAUCCACCGAGAUUUGGGUGUUGGGGAAAAUAUGACACCCUGAUGUUGCUGAAAUCAAAACAAAAUGAAUUAAUAUGGUUAAUUGUUUAAUAAAACUUUCUAUGUAUUUA